UUACGUAACAUAGGAUUCCAUUAAUAUUUAUCUAUAUUUUAAAUAACAUUGUGACGAUAAAAUGUGCAUUGAAAGUGUAUAUAAGAUUUUCAAAAAUGUUUGAAAGAUAUAGGAUUUUUUUUCUCUUUCCUUUUUAUAUUAUAUCUUCUCAUCGAUAACAAGGUCGUAAAUAAUAUUUUCUAUUUUAACUUAUAUUUAUAAUGUUGCAUUUACAGUUAAUCGUGCAAAUCAUGCGAGCAAGCAUUAUCGUGGUUUUGGCUUUUGCCACUGGGAUUGUCGUGGUAUCAUCGAGAAAUCACAAUUAUUCUCAUUUCGUAAAACAUCAUGCAAGACCGCGAGUGAUUCGAGGCUUUAAACCUGAAUACAUGUCCACGGCAUACGGUUUCGGGAAAAGACAAAGUACCGCUGACGUUCCAAAACUUAACAAGCGCGAACGAAUGUUAUCCAUACUUUUACAAUAUUUUCCGCAAGGAUUUCCUGCAGAACGAUUACUUCAGCAAAUGAAAGGAAAUCCAGAUUUUAAUACAAAAUUAACACAAUUAUCGACGGAUGAACGUGGAGAUUUAUUGUCAGCGAUGGAUCAUUCUAAUUCGAAAGAACUAACUUGGCUAUUUUAAACCUAUUAUUGUAUGAUCGAGUGAUGUAUACAAUUCCUAGUUAUACGUUUUAGUUUAAAUAAAUCUAUAAUAUUAAAUGAAAAUUAUUUAACAGCUAUAAUAUACGUCUUUAUUUGUUUCUUCAAAACUACAUUUUCCAAAUCUCGUAAAGUAUAAUAAAAGAUUUAUUUAAACAAUAAUAUAUAUCCAUUAGAUAUGUGCGAGUAGCUGAAUGCUUCUAAACAAAUUCAAAUGUAACAUAUGUAUACUUACUUUUGUGAUGCAUAUCCAUACAUACACAUUUAUUUACCAAAAACUAUGAUAGCUUCACCACCAAACUCAGUAGGGGUCGCUGGCGCAAUCGGCAUUGUCAACCGUUUGACCUAGAGUUAGAGCGAAGUGAAAAGUGAAACCCUCUCAGUUGCUCUCAGUCUUAUAGCGACCGCCGACGGGUGUGGAUGUACCAGUUAAACAUGUAUAUACCCUUAUUUUAUUUUCUGUGCUUAUUUAAUUUACUGUA